UGAUUGUUGUUGAUUCUAAAUUUCUCCUUUCAAUUUUCUAUUAAUUGUGUACAAUCCUUUGUCUCUUUCUCUUUGCUCAUACUAAUCAACAAUUACUCAUUUUCUCCCAUUUUUGUUGAACAUUGAAAGAGAUUUAAGUUUCCUUUAUCAAUAGAAUAGAAUAUUACUUGUGUUCUUUUCUGUUUCUUUGAAAUUCUUUUUUUUUCUUUUCUCUUAUGGUUCAUAAUUACUACUAAGUUAUAAUGUGUUUUCUUUUGGUCUCACGUUGCACAGAUUUUAAGGUGAAAAACGCCCUAAAAUUGAUUGGGGUUUACCAUGGACAUUGCCAAUGAUAAUUGCGGAACUGUGAUAGAUAAGGAACAUCGAAACCACCGAUCCCAUAGUGGUAAUCGACCAGCCCAAUAUAGUAGCCAUUAUCGCAGCCAUUUAAUUGGGCCUUUUGGUUCUUACGCUCAUCCUUAUCCCUCGCCAACUUAUCCGUGUACCUCAUCUUAUUCACAUUCAACUGGUCAUACUGUUGGUGUUGGUCCUGGUGUCGGUGGUGGUGGUGAUGGUAUAAGUGGUAUCGGUGCAUGUGUUAAUCAAGUAGCCGGUGGUGGGCAUCAUCAUUCACACCAUCAUUCGUCUUCUCAUUCAUCUUCAAUUAAUCCCGGUGGUGGACCAGCUACCGUUUUUUUUGCAUUAAAUUCAUUAAGAGAUCCACAUAAAUCAUCUUCUUCAUACAAUUAUCCUCAUCAAUUACAUUACCUUCAUCCACAAGAAUUUCAUCAUCAACUUUCUAAUCCGGGACAAAUUCCAACUCAUUCCUCUUAUGGUCCGAACAGGUAUCAGCAAUCAUCAACCUCACAACAGUCAACAAAUCAACAACAAUCCUCUCAUCACCAUAAUCAUUCACAUAAUUAUUCAUCUCGGGUUUGCUCAGGUGGAGGUGGAAGUGGUAGCGGUGUAAGAGAUACAACAACCAAUUAUCCAACCAUUUCAUCAGGUUCCAUUGGACUUCAUUCAGCACAAUUUUCUCGUGACUACGAAGAUCGUAAAAUGAGAGAGAGUAUUUCUAGUUAUGAUAAGAAAAGUGGACAUAAAAGGAAAAAAAGAUGGCAGAUAUUUCCAGGACGUAAUAGAUUUUUCUGUGAUGGUAAAAUUAUGAUGGCCAAAGAGAUGGGAAUCUUUUUUUUUACCAUUUUAGUUCUCGUGUCAACAUGUACUCUUUUCUUUGUCUUCGACUGCCCUUUUUUAGCACGAGAAGUUAGUCCAGUCAUUCCAGUAGUUGGUGGAUUAUUAUUUAUAUUUGUCUUAUCAACUUUAUUAAGAACCAGUUUCUCCGAUCCUGGUGUUAUUCCCAGAGCCUCACCUGAAGAAGCUGCUUACAUAGAGAAACAAAUAGAGCAACCCAAUCGUCCACCUCCUCGGACAAAAGAAGUCAGUAUAAAUAAUCAAAUCAUCAAGCUGAAAUAUUGUUUCACUUGUAAGAUUUUUCGACCGCCUAGAGCAUCUCAUUGUAGUUUAUGUGACAAUUGUGUUGAACGUUUUGAUCACCACUGUCCAUGGGUCGGUAAUUGUGUUGGUAAAAGAAAUUAUCGAUAUUUUUACAUGUUCAUAGUAUCUCUGGCAUCUCUUAUAGUUUUUGUUUUCGCUUGUGUCAUAGUCCAUAUCAUUUUAUUGGCUAAGAAUGACAAUUUCUUGGAAGCUGUGAAAAAAUCUCCAUUUAGUGUCUAUGAAGGUGUAGUUUGCUUCCUGUCGGUUUGGUCGAUUCUUGGUCUUGCCGGUUUCCAUACUUAUCUGGCCAGUUCCAAUCAAACGACAAAUGAAGAUAUUAAAGGCUCGUUUUCAUACAAAAAAGGUUCUGGUAUCAAAAACCCUUACUCAAAAGGCGGAAUUAUCGCUAAUUGUUGUGAUGUGAUUUGUGGGCCUGUUAUGCCCAGCCUUAUUGCUCGUCGAGCCUAUUUAGAUGAAUACGAUGAAUCGGGAGAUAAAAACACAUCACCACCUCCACUGCCUCAGUCUGAGACCACGAAAAGUAAAAGCUCGAAUGUAUAAAAUUUGUUGGAAUGAUUAUCGUUCUUAUUAAGGAAAUAUCAUCACUUUUUUCAUUAAUUAUCUACUUCUCAUUAUCAUCAUCAUCAUCAUCUUCAUAAAUCUUCACUUUUUUUUGCUCUCCUUUCGUUAUAUCGAAAAAAAUUUUUUGUCUAAAACAAAUCAACAUUUUAGCUUGAAAUUUGUGUUUGAUACAAUAUUGAAGAUGAAUUUAGAAAAAUGAGAAAUCAAUUUAUAUAUAUUAUAAAUAUUAACUAACACAAGCAAUCAACUCUUUCUACAUUGAUAGUAACCAAUAUUUCAAUGAGCAAUUAAAAUCUUCAUAAUUGUAUUUAACACAAAUUCACGCUGAUUAUUAUUACAUUGUAUGUUAUCAUAAUCAUGGACAAAUUGAUUGGUCAUUACAUUGUGAAAAUUGUUUCACAAUUUAAGGCAUAAAA